AUAACAAUCAUUUUCAAAAACCAUCUGAAUUUCCAUUAGUUGGCAUUCUUGAUUUAUUGCUAUAUUAUGUUCUUCUUGCUGUAAUUCCCUCAUCAUUUAAAUACUUGAGCAAAGGGACUUACUUGUCAUAG